GUGAGCAGGUCUGCUGAAUGGCUUCUUGCUCGUAAAGAUGAUACCCUGAAUGUUUUAGAAGUUGCCACAUCUGUUUUUUUUCCUCCCCGCUGGCAGACUAUCAGUUUUGGAAGAACACAAUGGGACUGUGGUCAUUUUGGAGUUUUUCCCUUUUGGCUUUCGUCUUGCUGUACCCCUUUCACCCCAAGUUUGUGGCUCAAGCGGAAAUAAGUUUACCCAGAGCCAACGACAGAUUUUAUCGCCUGGAGGUAACGCCACCGGAGGCACGUAUAACCCGUAAAUCAACCGCGGUCAAAGUGGACAACAUCACAAAAGUUUUACGCGCUUUUGAAUCGGAGGCAGCCGGUGCUUUGAAACCGAACAAUGGCAACCAAGUGGGGAAUGAGACAAAGAGUGGACUUGGAGAGGAGCCACUGAUCGGCAACAAAACGGCACCAAACUGUCACAAAAUACCUGGUGAAAAGUGUGCCAACAUAUCCGAGGACAACCAGAGGCGACCUGCAGCGAAUAUAAUGUUAGAAAACACACUUCCUGACACAAGAAAGAGGGUUAAAAGGAGUGUAGGCACAGCGCACACCGAAAAUGUGGAUAGGAGUAUAAGUGGGGAAGCGCAGUCAAAAGAGAGGUUCGUGGAGGCUGUCCAAGGUGUUGCCAACUCCAGACCCGAGUACCGGCGCGGCGGGGAAGACGCCAGAGGGGCUAACCCGAGGCAGGGUGAGCCGCACCUGGACACUUCUACUUUUGCUCUGUCGGGAGACUCCGCGCACAACCAGGCGAUGGUGCACUGGUCCGGACACAACAGCAGCGUGAUCCUGAUCUUGACUAAGCUGUAUGACUUCAACCUGGGGGCUGUUACUGAGAGCUCACUCUGGAGAUCCUCUGAUUAUGGAAGCACCUACACCAAACUCAACGACAAAGUGGGCUCAAGGACGGUUUUAAGUUACCUGUACGUCUGCCCGACCAACAAACAGAAGAUAAUGAUGCUUAGCGACCCAGAGGUAGAGAGCGCUGUUCUCAUCAGUUCAGAUGAAGGGGCAAGCUUUGAGAAGCAUCCCAUUAACUUCAAUAUCCUGAGCCUGCUCUUCCAUCCUGCACAGGAGAACUGGAUGCUGGCUUACAGUCAUGACAGCAAGCUGUACAGUUCGAUGGACUUUGGGAGGAAGUGGCAGCUUGUCCAUGACAACGUGAUGCCAGGCCGGUUCUACUGGGCGGUAAUGGGGCUGGACAGAGAAUCAGAUGUGGUCCACAUCGAGACGCGCAUCGCGAAAGGCCGCGCCCAGUACGUGAAGUGCAGAGCCCAACGCUGCACAGAAGGCAGCCGACUGUACCUCUUCCCUGGACAUGUAGACACCAACUCGCUGGUUGUGCAGGAUGAAUAUGUUUUCACACAGGUAACCAAGUCAGGACGAGCCAGCUACUUCGUCUCCUACAUGAGAGAGUCCUUCAAGCGGAUGAAAUUGCCUAAAUAUUGUCUUCCGAAGGACAUGCAUAUCAUCAGUACAGAUGAGAAGCAGGUAUUUGCUGCAGUCCAGGAGUGGAAUCAGAACAACACUUACAGCCUGUAUAUCUCAGACUCCCCCGGGGUCUACUUUACCCUUUCAUUAGAGAAUCUGAGAACCAGCAGAGGACCUGCUGGUAACCUACUGGUUGACUUUUAUAAGGUUGAGGGGAUAAACGGCAUGUAUCUCGCCAACAAACUGCUGGACAGCCAUGUCAAGACUUUCAUCACAUACAACAAGGGACAAACAUGGGCCCUGCUGCCAGCCCCUGUCGCUGAUGUGGCUGGAAACAACCUUCACUGCAUUCUGCCAUUUUGUUCGCUGCAUCUUCAUCUGGAGAUGUCGGAGAAUCCCUACACGUCCGGACCCAUCACCAGCAAGAAGUCCGUGCCGGGAAUCAUCGUGGCUACAGGGAAUAUCGGAACAGAACUGUCCUCCACUAACCUUGGGAUGUUUAUAACAUCUGAUGCAGGGAAUAGCUGGAGGCAGAUUUUUGAUGAAGAGCACAACGUUUGGUUUCUUGACAAUGGGGGGGCUUUGCUGGCGGUGUUGCACGCAGCGACGCCUAUUCGACACUUAUGGAUCAGUCUAGACGAAGGAAAAAAAUGGGAUCGCCACAGCUUCUCCUUGGCACCUCUGUAUGUGGACGGAGUUUUAAUGGAGCCAGAAUCUGACAAUCACAUUAUCACUUUCUUUGGACACUUUAGUCAUCGAUCAGAGUGGCAACUGAUCAAGAUCGACUACAAGGGCCUCUUUAGUAGGAGAUGCAUGGAUGGAGAUUAUCAGACAUGGCACCUUCACAACAAGGGAGAGCUGUGUGUGAUGGGCGAGAAGCAGAUCUAUAUGAAGCGCAGGCCAGGCAACCGUUGCAUGCUGGCCCAGGACUAUUCGAGGAUCUAUUCCUCAGAGCCAUGCCUCUGCACAGCCUAUGAUUUUGAAUGUGAUUAUGGUUGGGAACGCCAGACCGACGGCAAGUGCUCCCCUGCUUUUUGGUUUAAUCCAAACGGUGUGGCUAAAAGCUGCAGCACCAGCCAAAGCUUUCUUAACAGCACAGGGUAUCGUAAAGUUUUGUCCAAUAACUGUAAGGAGGCCGGGAGGAAUGUGUACUCGCCCAAGAGGCAGUUGUGUCGCCCCAGACCACCCAGAGGCCUCCGGCUGACCACCAGUCAAGGGGAGCUCAGUGCCACUGUUGGAAACAAUGUUACCUUCAUGGUCUACCUCGAAGAUGGAGACUCGCUGAGGACCAGCAUCCAGCUCGACUUCGGGGACGGCAUCAAGAUCACAUACUCUAACCUGAGCAGGACCGAUGAUGGCAUCAACCACAUCUACAGAGCGACUGGGAUUUACCGAGUGACAGCAUCUGCCGAAAACAGCCACGGAUCUGACAGCAGCACGCUGUUUUUACACAUCACCAGUCCAGUGGAGCGUAUAUACCUCUCCACUCCUAUUGUAGCCAUCAGGGGGAAGGAGGUUAAUCUGACUGCGUUGGUAUGGCCGAGUCACACCAGAACAUUGACCUUCUUCUGGUGGUUUGACAACAGCUCCGAGCCCAUUAUAACCUUGGAGGGAAGCAUCUCAUACACAUUUCACAGAGAAGGAAAAAACAAGGUCACGGUCCAGGUUGCUUCUGGGAGCACCAUAAUGCAGGAUUCAAAAGUUAUAACUGUUAAAGAGUUCUUCAGGUCGCUGCUGUUGUCGUUCUCACCAGCUCUUGAUGAACACAACCCUGACAUCCCCGAGUGGAGGGAGGACAUAGGGCGUGUGGUGCGGACAGCUCUGUCACAGGUGUCUGGGGUUCCUGAAGAUCAGCUGCUGGUGUCUUUGUAUCCUGGACUUCCAUCCACAGCAGAGCUCUUCAUCCUGCCUGACGAGCAUACGUCAAGUGAGCACAAGAGAGGAAGUGAGAACGCUUUAGAGACGAUAUCAGAUAUUUUUGUCACUGCCCUGAACCAAGGCCUGAUCCAGUUUGAGCUGAAAGCGGAUGUUCGCAUUAUUGUGUACAUGACUCAGCAAACUUUGGCACCACUUGUGGAUUCAAACUCCAUCCACAGUGGGUCGGCUAUGCUGAUGCUGCUCACUGUGGUGUUUGUUGGUUUAGUGGCAUUCUUCAUCUACAAGUUCAAAAGGAAAAUCCCUUGGAUCCAUGUUCAGACUGAAGACAGUCAUGAGAAGGAACCGGAGGUGAUCAGUACAGUCGGACAGAACGACAAGAUGUCCAAGGUCAAGCUCAGUGAAUUUCCCUCUCAGAAAGAACUCAUGGAAAAGGAGUUGGAGGCCAGGAGCAGAGGAGGAAUUGGAAGAAAUAUGGAGAGAAUUGUCACAAGGGAAUUUCCAAACUGUACUAAUGUCUGAGACUCUGUUAUCGAGUAAGUACAGAUUGUUGUGUUACAAUUGUGCUGAAAUUGUUUGCUUUGUUGGCAUUGUUCUUUUUUUUUUAAAAAAUUAAUUUCACGCUGAUAGCUGCUAUUGUUCAAAGUCAUGUUUUUAACCCACAUGGAUAGAAUAAAUAUCUACUUUACAACACGUGAUGAAGAUCAAUCCACCGAGCCAGACUCCAGGGCCUCUAGUUUGAGGGCGGUGAGUUGCUGAAAUUGGCUGAUAACGUUGCACAAACUGUCCAAUUAGCAUCAAGAUUCCCUCGCUCUACAUCGACACCACUGAUGCUAACACGAGCAUUUUAUGAAUAUUCAGCUGCCAUUGUGUACUUUUGAUGAAUGCUUUACUGCCUGUGGACAAAUCACCGUUUUUCUUAAUUAGGACAGGACAGGAAAAACAGACUGCUGCUGAAAUUAUAUACCUCAAAAGCUAUUUUAAAAACACUUAAAUAAGAAAGGUACCAUUAACUUAAUGAACCAGUACAAGAAAAAGGAUGUAUAGGCUUUACUGUAUGCAUAAAAGUUUGAUAAAGGUAUGUUAAAUUCUGCAUUGAAUGACAGAACAUGAUCAUGACUUACUAAAAAGGACAUUUAGGCCCUAAAGGCCCAGACACACCACAGUGACAUCAAAGAACUACUGGUGAUGAAGGCUGACUGCUGCGUUGCCUCACAUUGCCUGUGUCUCGGCCAAAACGUUGCAUUUUACACACCGUUAAGUCUACAGCCAACGGCCAACUAGCAAGUACGCUUAUUACACAGCUACGUACUAAAGAAAUCAAUAAUCUGGCACAAAAUAUUAAUUUAAAAAUGAUUCUAUAGCAUCUUUGACAAUGAUGUCAUACAUCAGUGUGCUUGCCUGAUGGAGAGCAGGCAACUGGGGCAAAAGCUACCAACACAGCUGUUCCAAAUCAGGAAGAGUUUCUUUUGAAUCCCAACUAACGUCAGAUGUAAAUGUGUACACUACAGCAUUGUAUUAAAAAUGCCUUGAGUUGGUUUUGUCCUGUAUUUUUUUUUGUUUGAUCUUCAUUUAACCAGAUAAGUCAGUAGAGAUCCUAUUCCCAUUAACAACAGUGAAAGGAGGCAAGUCAAUUACGAUGUGCUGUGACAACUACCCCAUUUUUUUUAAAGCCACAACCCAGAUUUUUAAUCAGCAUUUCUCCAGACCUUUUGGGAAUGGCUGACCGUGUAGGUACAAAAUAGUAGCUAGUAGUGUUACACCCCACCCUUGGGCAGCUCUAUGGGGUGAACAAAACACCAUCACUGACCCAAAUCACCACAUAAGACACCUUUAAAACAAAUGAACAAGCAAACAAGCCAAAAAAGUCCCAUGCUGAGAGGCAGCAGGACCAGCAGUUCCCACGUCCAGAAGUCUCUCUCCUCUGCUGCUGGCACAGGGGCUCUUAAGCACCUCCUCCCUGCCAGGUGAACUGCAUCUCAUUAAGUAAUGCAGCACACCUGGGCAGAUCUACAGAGGAGGGAAAAUGGACAGCAGCCCAGAACACACACACAGCUGUAACAAGUGGCCUGACACUAGUUGUGCAUCCAUGUACACAAUUCUUAAGCACAUUUACUCACCCAGGCAAAAAUAAAAUGGCUGUCGCUCAAUACUACUUUGGUUAUUUUUAUUCUUUUUUCCCCCCCUAAAUCUGUUAUUUGAAAUUUUACAAAUAGAGCAGAUAACAGGCAAAAUAAUAUUUGGUCUAUCAGUAGUGACUCAACAAAAAAGUAGGUAAGUAAAGUAAGAACAAUACAAAACCAAGACAGGACUAAGACAAGACAAAUACUACAAACCAAAUCAGUACCCAGAACAAGACAAAGGACAAAACAACAUAGUGAUAAAAUCUGAAUAUAAAAAUAUGUGGAAAUACGUGUAUGAUGAUAAAAUUAACACUAAAUACUAAAAGAUAAUAUAAUGGUUGUUGGUCGGGAUAACUGCCUGUAUCAUCACAAUUUAUUGUCUGUAAAAUAGAUGAUCAUUCAUUCAGGAAUAUCUGGAACAGGGAGCCCCUCAUUAUGCACCUGAUUCUUUCCAGUUUAACACAAUUAAGGACUUCCCUUAUCCACACAAAAACGUAACAGUCCACUGGACUCUUGUACACUUAUAUCUGGCUAAAUCAUAUUGUAGGAGGUCUGGGGGACAAAGUAAUUUGUACUGACAGUAGCGUUCCACCAGGCAAACCGGGCAAGAUGUGGGAAUUAUCGGCUUUUAUCACUUUGUAUGAUAACAUCUAACAUGAGUUUAAAUUUUCUGCUGAAACCUGCUGCCUGCAGUUUCACCCAACCCUUUUCUGUUGUCAUUAUCCUUUAUUUCUAAAUCCUGCAGUAUAAGGAUUCGCACAUUAUAAUAGUAACGUGAUUGCAAACAAGCUGUUUCUUCCACUACGUGUCUGAACCUGUGUAGACCUGUUAUUAACGUGUUUCAGUAAUCCUAACACAUCGCUGUUCACACCUGUGUCUAUCAUGCAUCUCCAGAUGACUACUUGUGCUUGGAUUUCCUUACCACCCACAUCACUUACACUAGAAGGUCAAAGGGCCACACGCACAGUUAUUACUUCUACACCCUCGCUAGCUGCUCACUAGUCAUGUUAGCUAUUGUGUCAGUACAGCUGGAGAGAUUGCUACCAGCAGAAUUCAACAUCUCCCUCCAUAGCUUAAAAAGAUGGACGGUCAUGCAACACUUCAUCCAAGUUGUAAUGAAUUGGGCAAGUUUUGGUGCUGUCACCAAAACAACCACCAUAACUUGCAUUGUUGACAAUGCAGUCCUUAUAGGGGACACAUCAGGAUGCAUUAGUACUUACACUACAAAAUAUACCUAGUCAGAUGUGUACCAGAUCACCUCGGCAAGUGGUUUGAGUGAUUGGAUCAUAAUGCUUUGGUGGUUAAUUAGCGAGUUGUGAUUGCAUUACCCAAGACAUGUUAAUACCAGGUGUAAACAGGCUUUAUGAUCAUAACUGUGUCCAUAGCACCUGCUAUUCAGAAACAACAGACCGUAUAAUACUAAAAUAAAUUUGAUUAAUCACAAUCAAGUGCACAACAAAGCAGUGUAAUUAAACAAUACAGGUCUUCAUAUGAUAAACAAAUUUAAUGUAAUACAAAUGCAUCUCUCUGACACACAGACUAAACCAGCAGGCUUUAAAAUGUGUCAAGUGUAACCCUUUUAUCUUGUUUUUAGGAUUUUGUCUCUUCAUCUAUAUCAAGAACAACUCAAACAACAACAGAGAGUUUUCUGUUUAAGGCAGAACACGUCUUGCUCAGCCUCCGUUCCACAGACGUAUAAUUAAUAGGUCGUUACGUUAAAUAAACCACUUUAACACUCUGGAGAAACACGAACAUUUACCGCCCUAUAACUAGAGGUCUUUGAGUUGUAAAUAUACACUAAUGAAUAUUUAUAUAGAAAUGUGGAAAUCUGACUGUCGUGACUGCUUCUAAGACAGAAAUGUGUAGUUGGUUUUGCUCUGUAAGAUAACAUGGUGCUUUCAAUGACUGUUUCUCAGAUGAACAAAAAUGUGAUGUAUGGACGUAAAGGUCUGGCCUUAGGAGAGGAAACACUGUAAACUUGUACAUAGAGGAAGAUGGAAUGUAAAUCUAUACAGUAGACUCAUCCUACUUUAUUGUAAAGUCAACUCACUGAACAGGCAGUAGUAUGUUUCUAUGACAUUCAAUCUCACAACAAGCUGUAUGUCCACUUUUUUAUUUGAUUUUUACAGUAGCAUGCCCUAAUUAUGUGAUAAAAGAUAUGAUACUACAUUAGGGUGGGCAAGUACUGUAUAUAUAUAAAUAUAUAUAUCAUGGUUGGUUUUACACAUUAAACAAAUUAUUGAACACCUUGUCUAAUAGUCUAGUUGUGCAAUUGCCAAAAGUUGUGCAUGAUCUAUGAUAUUGUUCAUUUUUGUCUAUGAUAUAUAAAUCGUCUUGUUUUGAAUCAUGUUUCUUACUGUGAACAA